GGAGUGUUUCAAUCAGAGUUGCAUUAGUCAAAAAAACGCUUGCAACCAGAUGAUAUCGGAGUACCAGAUCAGACUUCUCUGUAGCAAACACGCUUUGCUGAAGGAGCUUGAUGUUUUUUAAGUUGAUGAAGGAAAUCCUCCAGGCGAGUUCACACUCUCGGUGCAGACGAUCAAGAUGAGAGCUUUCUGGAUGUUCGUGAUCCUCCUGAGCUGCAGGUUAUCUCAUGCCACUAAAUCUCAGAGCAUCCACGCCUGCAAAUCACAGCUGAAAACGCUCUGUGUACCUGCCGGAGACAACGUGCCCGUGCCUUGCCCAAAUGUGACCGCAGAAGACGUGACCUUUAACCUUCUUAAGGACGAUGAAGUGAUCCACAAUCACACUUGCAUCCGUGACAAAACUUCACAAACCUGUAAAUCUCAGAAAACCCGUGUGGCCGUGGAACUACAUGGAGAAAAUAUAUCCGUCACUUUCAUGCUCCCUGGAGUGAACGCCAGUAGCUAUGGGGUCUACAGAUGUGAGGGCAUAGUCAUGUUCCCUCCUCCGUACAAAAAAGUAUCAAGUACUGUGUUGAUCCUGGUACUCGUAGAAGGACACCAAUGCAAAUUCAAUAAAGACCACAGUAAGCCUAAAACGGGUGGAGAUCAAAAAGAUGGAUUUCUCUGGAUUUGGAUUCUGGGGCUUGUACUUCUUGGCAUUUACAGCGUAACCGUCACCGUCAUUGCCGGCGUCAUCUUGGUGAAGUGGAGGAGGUCGGAUUCCCAGAGUGACUACAUGAACACCAAACCCAAAGCACCCAGGGACCGCAAGAAGAAAGGAUGGGUCCAACAUCCUAUUCCACGACACUUCUGAUCACCCGUGCAGCGUCUCAGCCUUAUACCCUCUUAGUCUAGAUAUAAACACACGUGUGUCCUUGUAGUAGCUUCACCUGAGCAGAACAUGAUCGUGAGUGAGGUUUCUUCAUUUUGUUGUCAGUACUUGUUUUAUGUCUACACAGCGAUUCUUUUUACAGUUGUGGAUGUAUAUAAAAAAAAAAAGCCAG